CAGAUCUCUCCGUCCUUCUCCUCCUCCUCCCUCCCCCCCUCUCUCUCUCUCUCUCUCUCUCUUCCUUCCCGUCGCCAUUGUUGCCGAGCUGUAAGCUGCGGGAUCGCCAUUGCCGGAUUUGCCCCCUCCCCCCUCGUCGCGGGCCCUCGCCGGCGGAUUCCUAGUCUUUCACUAUGGCUACAGCAUACACACCAAAGAACAUUCUCAUAACUGGAGCUGCAGGAUUUAUUGCAUCCCACGUCUGCAACCGGCUUAUUCGGAACUACCCUGAUUAUAAGAUUGUGGUCCUUGACAAGCUUGAUUAUUGUUCAAAUCUGAAAAACCUGCUUCCAUCCCGAUCCUCUUCAAAAUUCAAGUUCAUCAAGGGGGACAUUGCCAGUGCUGAUCUUGUCAAUUUCAUCCUCCUUACUGAGUCCAUUGACACUAUUAUGCACUUUGCAGCUCAGACCCAUGUGGACAACUCUUUUGGUAACAGCUUUGAGUUCACCAAAAAUAACAUUUAUGGAACCCAUGUCCUUUUAGAGGCCUGCAAAGUCACUGGCCAGAUCAGGAGGUUCAUCCAUGUAAGCACAGAUGAAGUUUAUGGGGAGACUGACGAGGAUGCUGUGGUCGGUAAUCAUGAGGCUUCUCAACUUCUCCCGACAAACCCAUAUUCUGCCACAAAAGCUGGUGCAGAAAUGCUUGUUAUGGCUUAUGGGCGAUCAUAUGGGCUGCCUGUCAUCACUACCAGAGGGAACAACGUCUAUGGUCCCAAUCAAUUUCCUGAGAAGUUGAUUCCAAAAUUUAUCUUACUUGCCAUGAAAGGACAGCCCCUUCCAAUUCAUGGGGAUGGAUCGAAUGUACGUAGUUAUCUCUACUGCGAGGAUGUUGCAGAGGCAUUUGAAGUGAUUCUCCACAAGGGUGAAGUGGGUCAUGUCUACAACAUUGGGACUAAGAAGGAGAGGAGAGUAAUUGAUGUGGCAAAGGAAAUCUGCAAACUUUUUAAGAUGGACCCUGAUACGCACAUUAAGUUUGUGGAGAACAGGCCCUUCAAUGACCAGAGAUACUUCCUAGAUGAUCAAAGGUUGAAGAACUUGGGAUGGUUUGAACGGACCACGUGGGAGGAGGGCCUAAGAAAGACAAUGGAGUGGUACGUUAGCAAUCCAGAAUGGUGGGGAGAUGUUUCUGGAGCACUGCUUCCUCAUCCUAGAAUGCUCAUGGUCCCGGGGAUCGAAAGAAAAUUUGAUGGGCCGGAUGUUAACAACUCUUCCUCAUAUGCGGUGGAUAAUCAUACUCCGAAUGGGAUGGUGGUUCGAGCUCCGAAGAGCAGUCCCUCUGCUCAAAAGCCCGCUUUGAAGUUCUUGAUUUAUGGCAGAACUGGUUGGAUUGGUGGCCUACUGGGGAAGAUCUGUGAGAAGCAAGGAAUUCUAUAUGAGUAUGGAAAGGGACGACUGGAGAACCGUGCACAGAUCUUGGCGGAUAUUCAGACUGUAAAGCCCACGCAUGUAUUCAAUGCUGCUGGAGUGACUGGUAGACCAAAUGUCGAUUGGUGUGAAACUCACAAACCUGAGACAAUUCGGACGAAUGUCGCCGGCACGCUAACCUUGGCCGAUGUCUGCAGAGAGCAUGGGCUCCUAAUGAUGAAUUAUGCUACUGGGUGCAUAUUUGAGUAUGACGAAACACACCCAUUGGGGUCAGGCAUCGGUUAUAAAGAGGAAGACAAGCCAAAUUUCAUCGGUUCCUUCUAUUCUAAAACCAAAGCCAUGGUUGAAGAGCUUUUGAAGGAAUAUGACAAUGUUUGCACUCUUAGAGUGCGAAUGCCAAUAUCUUCUGAUUUGAGCAAUGCGCGUAACUUCAUCACAAAGAUUUCGCGGUACAACAAGGUGGUCAACAUCCCAAAUAGCAUGACCAUCUUGGAUGAACUUUUGCCGAUUUCAGUUGAGAUGGCCAAGAGGAACUUGAGGGGUAUAUGGAACUUCACGAAUCCAGGGGUGGUUAGCCACAACGAGAUCUUGGAGAUGUAUAAGGCCUACAUCGACCCUGAUUUCAAGUGGGUCAACUUCACGUUGGAAGAGCAGGCCAAGGUGAUUGUCGCGCCACGAAGCAACAACGAGAUGGAUGCGUCGAAGCUGAAGAAGGAAUUCCCCGAGUUAUUAUCCAUUAAGGACUCACUCAUAAAGUAUGUCUUUGAACCCAAUAAGAGAACGUCUGUCGCUUGAGGGGCAAU